GCCUAUUCUGUAUCUCUGUUAAUUUUGAGUUAAAUAAUAAUUAAUAUUAUUUAUUCCGAAAUCAAGAUUUUCUACAUUAUUUUAAUAAAUUACCACAUACAUAAUCACUUCAAAUAUUAACGCUGUAUAUAGCUUAUACGUAUCUGUAAUGUUGUGUAUGAGUUUUACCAAAUAAAAAUACCUAAACGCUGCUGUUCAUUGGAGUUGUUGCAUUGUAAACUAUAUUUUUGUUUACAUAUUUAUUUAAGGCUUCGAGGAUUUGAGGGAACGCUUUAUAAUCUAACAUGAGUUUAUCUCGGUGCUACUCCCUUAUGAAGUGCUUGCUAAUCCUUUUCAAUGUAAUUUUUUUGUGUGUUGGUGUUGGGGUGUGUUCAUUUGCAGCAUGGGCCUUGUGGGAUGGCCGUGGCAGUGAGACAGGAUCUGGGAAAGCUGGCCUGUGUGCAAUUGCUGCCUGGGGUGCUGUGUUGACAUUGGGAGCUUUAGCAGCUCUGGCUGGGGCAGUGCGGGGUUCAGCAUCAUUGCUAGCUGCCAGUUUUGCAUUGCUAGCAUUGAGUGCUGUAGCAGAGGGGGCAGCGGCCUGGUGGGGAGCCUCCCACUUGCCGCAGCUGCGUGCUGCACUUGCUGAUCGUUUACACCACACAGUGGUCCAUGAUUAUGGUGUACUGCCAGCGCGCACGCAGAUCAUCGACGCGAUACAAUCUGGAUUGGAGUGCUGUGGGGCCUCUAGUCCUCGUGACUGGCAGCAGUCAGCAUGGGCAGCAGGGGCAGGCUUGGAGCCCGGAGCAGGGGCACUUGAUCUUAGUGUUGCUGCUGAACCUGCCUACUACUAUGUGCCGCCUUCUUGCUGCAUUGAUGGGGCGGGUCCGGCAUGCGAUGUAGCGCGCAGGGUACCAGCGGCGUCCGGGGGCGGCGUAGGACUUCACGCGGCGGGGUGCGGGGGCCGCGUUCUGACUACACUAGCCAACGCUGCCCGUGCGCCUUUACUGGCCGCGGCUACGCUCCUUGUUGCGCAUGCGCUCUCGUUACUGCUCGCGCUUGCCCUAACUCUCCGCGCACAUCCCUCGCACAACUAUAAAGCGUAAGACAACAUCGCACAACUAUAAAGCGUAAGACAACAUCGACGUUUUGACAACUUACACAUUUAUACUCUACGAAUUUCUAUAGAAAUGUGACUGCGCUUGAGGGGCCUUUAGUUAUUGUGAAUGGGAGAAAAAAACUCAUAUGAUACUGUUAUCCAUACGUUUGCACCCGUCACACAAUUAGCCGUACUCGGAAUGAUAUAACCUUAAUUAUCAUAAUAAUAAAAACCUUUUUUAAUAGAAGUGGAAUUGAGAACAACAGGGUUUAUAAACAUUUUAUUGAUAACAAACAGUUAUAAAAGAUAUUACUUUAAUGUUUUUUCAGUUGUUAAGUGAUUUUUGUGCGUAUAGCAUAGACACUACCCACCGUUAAAAUGCAUUUAUUUUGUUCCUAUUAUAAUUAGUUUUUUCAGUAGUCUAUGAAUUGGAGCACACACACAUUUGAAUGUAGUAGUGUUAUAGGGCAAGAUCCCAAGUAUUUUCUUACAACUAAAACAUUAGGUAUAUGAUAAGAAAAUAAGAAUCUCUGGCGGGAUCUUGGACCAAUAUAAUUAGCAUUUAAAAGCACCAUACAAUAAAGAAUAUUCACAUUCGUAGCUAAUAGAACAUAAUACUAUUCUAAGUCAUGACAAAGUUUUUAUAUUCACAAACAUAAUUUAUUUAUAUUAAAAUAAAUUAUAAUUAAGUUUAUUGAUGUAAGGCAUUAACCAAAACGUGUGUAGUUAUAAUGUUAGACGUAGUUCUUAUACAAUAAUAUUCAUAUGUUAAAAUAAUUUUUAAUAACAUUAUAUACUAAUUAAACGAUGUCUUAUGAAACACAGUUGACGGAACUGUUUUUGGAAGAAAGUGUUUUAAAAUAACCAUGAUUCUAUAAACGAACUCACUCAGAGUCGUCUAUUAAAUUAUCUGUAAUGAUAGAACCAUUUUUACUAUUACAUGUACUACGUAUGCAAAGUUUCAUUACUGAUUAGUUACUGUCUGAUUUAAAGUAAAAUAAGGGCAUUGAAAGCACUUUUUAAUAUCUAUGUAUUAAAAAGUGUAAAGGUUAACUCAUACGGCCCUUUUACAUGGCAGUUCAGUUUUGCAGGAUUCAGUAAAAAAAAUGGUCCCGCAAAACUUUACUGCCGUAUGAACACGGUUGCAUCCUGUUUUUUACCACUCCUACGCCAGUUAUCAACUGAUUCUGAUGAUUCUGACACAACGCUCGAAUUUGGUUAUUUUUCGGAAUCUUAUGAGCGAUUUGAGAAGAGAUGAGUCAAAAUUUUUCAAUUAUUUUAGAAUGAGUAUAACCACAUUUGACGACCUUUUAAAAAGGGUGAAUGAAGAUUUAAAAAAACGUGAUACAAAUUUGAGAAAAAGCAUCACACCUGAAGAAAAGAUAGCAAUAUGUUAUUAUGUCACUAUCCCGCAAAAAACAGUUUCCAGCAAAAAACCUAUGACAUGGAUGUGUGAUUAAAUGGGAUCCCGCUUUUUACUGGACUGGAUCCAGUUUCUAGUGACAAAACUAAAUGGCACAAUUCGGCCGGAUCGGUUUUUUGCAGGAUCCCGCAUGCGGGAUGCGCAUGUGAACGCUAGCAUAUAAAAACAUUCGCCAUCAAACGG